AUGUCGUCUUCUAUCCACUCCAUGUUCAUGCCCUUCAAGGUGACCCUCAAUGACCUCGACCGUCAGAUGAAGCUCGAGGCCCAGGGGUUCGAGUUCGAAGGCGGCUGCCCCUUCACCAUCAACCUAUACGGCUACAUCAACGAGGCGACUAUCUGUUCCGGCAUCGAGCACAUCCGCAAGGAACUAUCCCGCCAGCUCUUCGUCGCGUGCAUGGAGCCCCGUCCCUCGAAGACCUCUCUCGCCCGUCGCAACAAAGACACGUAUUACCGCGUCAAAGUGACCUUCAACAUCGCGACCGCCCCGCUCAGCCCGAAGCCCGAGCCCGACGAUGCCCAGGUCAUCACCACGGCGAUUAUCUGGCAUCUGGGCUCGAGUCGGGAUCUGGAGCUCGUGAAUAAUGCGUACGAGAAGCGGGGCAAGUGUCGCGGCCAGGAUAUCGUGGUGCUCCGCGUGAAGGUGGUCCCUGAGGGAGUGAAGGAUUGUGUGUAUUUCUAUCCUCGAGACCCUGCUAUCGAUGCUGACCUAGAGUCAGUGGGGGAGACUGAGUUCGUGGACGCUUUGAGUGAUGAGGGUGAGAUUGAUGGGUGGGUCUUCCUUUGA